AUGAAUAGAACCGAAAGAAGAAAAAGUAUGGCAGAACGAAGACCAAGUACUACAUAUACUCCUAAUGUUAUACCACAAUUGGCUGGAUUAGAAAAACCUCAAAAUCAAUAUUUGGAAAUUGAUAAUUGUGAUGUUUUAAUUUUAGGUACUGGAUUACAAGAAAGUAUAUUAGCAUCAAUCUUAGCAUGGCAAGGAUCUCAAGUUUUACAUAUAGAUAAAAAUAAUUAUUAUGGAGAUCUGAGUUGUACUUUAACUAUAGAACAAAGUAAAAAAUGGAGUAAUGAAGUUAAUCAAGGUAAAAUACCUCAUUUUCAAGAAGCAAAAUUUGAAGUAUUCCCUGGUGGAAAUAAUCAAGGUUUUAAUUCUAAAGAUUUCGGUAUUGAUUUAACUCCAAAAAUUAUGUUUUGUCAAUCUGAUUUAUUAACUUUUUUAAUUAAAUCUCGCGUUUAUAGAUAUUUGGAAUUUCAAAGUUUAUCAAAUUUUCAUGUAUUUGAAAAUGAUGAUUUUCUACAAAAGAUAAAUUCGACUACAAAACAAGAUAUUUUUAUAGAUAAAAGUUUGAGUUUAAUGACAAAGAGAAAUCUAAUGAAAUUUUUAAAAUUUGUAUUAAUUGAAUCAAACGAAACUUAUAAAGAAAAAAUUAAAAAUUGGAUAAAUAAACCAAUUCAAGAAUUUUUGAAAAAUGAAUUUAAAUUAGAAGAUCCUCAAAUUAAUGAAUUGGUUUAUGCAAUUGGAUUAAGUACUAAACAAGAUUUGAAUACAAAAGAAGCAUUAAUUAGAAUUAAACGUUUUCUUUCAUCAUUUGAUAUAUAUGGAAAAUUUCCUUGUAUGGUUUCUAAAUAUGGUGGACCAGGAGAAUUAUCACAAGGAUUUUGUAGAUCUUCAGCAGUUGCCGGUGGAAUUUAUAAAUUAAAUACAAAAUUGGCUGAUUUUGAUCCAGAAUUAAAAAUUGGACAUUUUGAUGAUGGUUCACAUAUAAAGAUUAAUGAAAAAGUUAUUAUUUCAUCGAGUCAAAUACCACAUUUUUUACAAUCUACAUAUAAUCAAAUUACACAUAAUCUUAAAAAAAAUUAUAUAUCAAGAUUAACAGUUAUUGUUAAUUCGUCAUCUAAUAAAUUUAUACAAAAUAAUGAAAGUUCAGCAGUUUUGGUAUUUCCUCCAUUUAGUUUAGAAAUUAAUAAUACCACUACUAUUCAAUGUCUUAUUCAAAAUCAUCAAUCAGAAAUUUGUUCAAAAGGUACUUCAAUUUGGUAUUUUUCAACAACAACAAAUAAAGAUGUUAAAAUUAAUCAAAAAAUUUUACAAUUUGCAUUUGAGAAAAUGUUUAAUAAAGUUAAAAUAGAUGAACCAAAUCUUGAAAUUAUAUAUAAAUUACAAUAUAAUCAAGAAACAUAUAUUGCAAAUAAUUUAUUAAAUGUAUUUAAACCAACAAUUGAAAAUAAUAUUAUUUUGAAAUCAAAUAAUGAAACUAGUCCAUUAAUUUUUACAUCUCCUCCAAGUGGAGAAAUUAGUUAUGAUGGAAUAAUGACUGAUGUUAUAAAUUGUUAUAGUCAAAUUACUGGAGAUGAUAAUAUUGAUUUAGAUUUAGAUAGUUCAGAUGAAGAAGAUAAUAAGGAAAAUGAAAUACAACAAUAUCAACCAAUUGAUGCUGUUACUGGUAUGCCAAGAAAGAAGUCUAGUGUUAGUGGAGGGAUUGUUGGUGGAGGUUCAAGUACUAAUCUUGGAGCUUUAAAUGAGCAUGCUAUAGAAUCAAGUGAUGAAGAUGAAGAUGAAGAUGAAGAGAUGAAUGUUAAUGAUGAUGAUGAUGAUCAACAUCAACCUUUUGGUGUUCAUGAUAUGGAGCUAUGA